CUAUGAUGGGUCCAAUGACUUAUGAUGGGUCCUCUGACUUAUGAUGGGUCCAUCUUAUGGGUCCUCUGACUUAUGAUGGGUCCAUCUGAUGGGUCCUCUGACUUAUGAUGGGUCCAUCUGAUGGGUCCUCUGACUUAUGAUGGGUCCAUCUGAUGGGUCCUCUGGCUUAUGAUGGGUCCAUUGUAUGGGUCCUCUGGCUUAUGAUGGGUCCGUCUUAUGGGUCCUCUGACUUAUGAUGGGUCCAUCUGAUGGGUCCUCUGACUUAUGAUGGGUCCAUCUGAUAGGUCCUCUGACUUAUGAUGGGUCCAUCUUAUGGGUCCAAUGACUUAUGAUGGGUCCAUCUGAUAGGUCCUCUGACUUAUGAUGGGUCCAUCUUAUGGGUCCAAUGACUUAUGAUGGGUACAUGGGAAAAAUAUAUCAUUAUGCAGCACUCUUUUUCCUACCAGAAAUGGCAGAAUCUGUGCUGGAGGCUCCUGGUGGGGCCAUUGAAGCAAGUGUGUACAUAGGCCAAAGCUCACACAGAAAGUCAUGCUGAUACCUGUAGUGUCCCAACCUACUGCAGUAAAGCAGUGUAAUGCAGCAUUAGUCGUAUAGCGGAACCGAGGUGGCUGAUAACAGGGAGUAAUACACUGCAUGCAGCAACACAGUACUGUACAUACAAGCGUCAUCUCCUCCACCCUCCGCCACACCGGAAGUGGCUGCAUCCCCUGGCAACCGGCACCGCGUCCUCCCUGCUGCCGGAAACGUGACGGAGAGGAGAGGAGAAGGCCUCCGUGUGCCGGUAAUGUACGCCCGUGACAAUGGAGUAGAUCACCCCACAGUGUCACCUCGCCGCCGCUUCUCUUUUAUAUAAAGUGGCAGGUGACGUAGCCAGCAAGCAUUAUACUGAGAAGAAAAUAUGGACUCUUCAAAAUUUAGAGUGGAAGGAGAAUAUAUCAAGAACCUGCAGCAGCAGAUUUAUUUUCUUGAGCUUGAGGCCGGAUUCCUUCGGGAGCAGACUAAAAAGGCUACAGAUCUCCAGCCCCAGCUCACACUGGAGACUGAUCAUCUCUACAGGAAGCUUAUGGAUCUUCGCUCUGAAUGGGAGAGUCUGAAAGUGGAGGUGAAGCGCAAAGAUGCCCAUAUACUCAUGGUACAGCGAGAUGAAGAAUCUCUCAGAGGACAGAUCAGAGACGCUGAAGAGUCUCAUUCUCAAGAAAAGCAGCAACUGAUUGAAGAAAUAGUUCAACUGAAGAAAGCCAAGCAGCUCAAUGACAGGCGGACUUCUCAGAAGGAGAUGGAGAUACUUCUUAACAAGCAGGAGGCGGACCGUGAGAUGAACAAUGUAACCAACAGUGACCAAAUAAUAACUUCACUUCAGACACAGCUGAAGCAAAGAGUGGAGCAACAAAAAGAGCUGGAAAAACAACUGUCACAAAAGAGAAUGGAAGUGCUGAAAGUGAAUUCAGCCAGGCAUGAGAUGGAGGAAAAACUGAUAAAACACACAGCCGUGACUCAGAAUCAGCUCACACUGGAUAUAAGGAACGAAAUAAGUUUCCUACAUCAACAAAUUCGGGAGAAAGAACUGCUGUCUGAACAGGAGCGAGUCCUGAGGCAGAAAAUGAUGAGUGACUGUGCAGAACUGACCAAUGAGAACAAUGCUCUGCAAGCUCAACUACUGGAACUUACCAAGCAGCUGAAUAUAAAAACACUAAAGGAAGACAACCUUACCCAGAGUUCUACCAGUGUUGCUCAGCUUCUAAAUGUCAAGGCCAAUGAAGAGCAACUUAUCAAGCAGGUACAACUGCAGCAAGCACUUCUCGAGAAGGAAAAGGAGAAUUUCAGGGAUUUGAUGGGACAGAUUGACCUUCUGCUUAGUGGCAAUGAUCGACAUGAUCUAAGAACCACUACAUUAAACAGCCAGAUUUCUGAGUUACAAGCCCUAUUUGACAAGGAAGAGCAAAUCAACACUGAGUUAAGAAGAGACAAGACAUUGCUAGUUGACCAUAUAUCUUCCUUACAAACCCAGAUCACCAAAAAGGAGACUGAGCUGCUGCACAUUUCUUUAAAAAUAGAGGAACUGGAUAAACGCCUCUCCACUUUUCAGUCUGAGCAUUCUUUACAUCGCUCUCUGCAGUCAGUCAAGUGGAAGGAUAUCUCAGACCUGGCGAGGUCUAUGAAGAAACUCUCCCAGUCAUUGCCUGAUCCACUCCUUGACAAGUAUUAAUGCUCCUUGUCUUACACUUCUGUUUACAGGGUUAAUUAAAUACAUUCUCUAAGGCUGGUGUCACACACCAAUGCAGUUUUAAUGCAAUUUUUUGAGUCAAAGCCAGAAGUGUAUCCAGUAGGAAGGUGAAGUACAAGUCUUUCUUUUAGUCCUUAUAUAUUUCUCACUCUAAUUGAAUCUACCUCUCGCUUUGGCUCAAAAAUGAAAAACUUCCACAAAAACUGUAUACGGUAAUUUUAAAUACAUAAAUCUGUCAUCAUCCUCAUAUGUGAAAUCACAGACUUUUAUUCCUUUUUAGAAUUUUUUUAAGAAUAAAAAUGACUUCUGUCCUGUAAUGCACAUAUCAUCUGUAAAGUCUUUUGGUUCUGUAUUCACUGAUGCUGUAUUGUUUCUACAUAGUAGCAAAUAGUGGCUACCAUGCUGGCAAAUGUCAGACUGUCUAUGCAUUAUAAAUGGUCCUGAAAUUUAACAACCGAAAGUGUCCUUCAUGUCAAAAAUCUAAAAUGAAAUGUAAAAAGUCAUAUACAGUAUACAUUUUCAUUUUACACAUUUUGAGCCUGAUACUGGGCGCCUACAUGAUGUGAUGAUUUGGGGGUCUCUGUUCCGUAUGCAGAAAGAACCAUUGAAAGGACAAAUAAAUCUACUGUAAUUUAUGUAAUUGAAUUGAUUCAUACAUAUAAAAAUUACUGCUUAUUUCCAGAGAAUAAUGAAACCAGUCUUUUGAUUUUUCAGGGUUUUCCUGUUUCAAUAAAAAUGCAAUAGUUUG